AUGGAAUAUUCAUCUCUUCAAUUAAAUGAUUUACCUGAUGAAAUUCUUAUGAUUAUUUUUAAGAAACUGGACAAUAUUACAUUACUUUAUUCUUUAAUAGGUGACAAUAUACGUUUAAACAGAAUAGUAUGUGAUUCGAUUUUCACGAAUCGUUUGACUUUGGUAAAUUUCGUACCACAGCAUUUGAUUACGGCAAGACCUUUAUUAAUGUAUUUGCCUAAUCCAUUAUCUGAUCCGAUGCUUGAUCGUUUUUGUUUACAAAUCUUACCUAAAAUUCAUGAAAAAGUCAAACGGCUUGAUCUUGAACUGUUAUCAAUGGAACGUAUUCUUCGUUGUACGAAUUAUCCUAAUUUAUCUCAAAUUACUUUGUAUAAUAUUGAAAUAGAAAGAGCUUUACAACUUUUUUCUGACGAAUCUCUUUUCAUUUCCACCUACAAAAAUCAAAUUUCAUUAUUUGUUAUCGAUAUUCGAUCAAAUGGAGAACGAGAUACAAUAACAGAUGAAAAUCCACUUUUAUUUACUUACAUCUUUAAUACGUUCACGAAUUUACAAAUAUUAGAUAUUGGUCCAUAUUCAAUUUGGUAUCAAUAUUUAUCCUUCGAUAUCUCACCUCCAAAUGCUAUAUCUUCGACUCUAUUAGAAUUACACGUUAAUCUGAAUAACUUUAGCGAUUGUCUUUAUUUGCUUGAUGGACGUUUCAAGCAACUUUGUAUAUUUCAUGCUGAUAUUGAAAGAAUUACUUCGAAUUUAGUUAACAAUAAUAAGGAAAAACUACCUAAUUUAAGAUCGUUUAAACUGUAUUGCGACUCGCAAACAAAGUGUUAUGAUGAGUUAAUUUUACCACUUUUACAUCGAAUGUCGAAUCUAGAAAAACUUGAUUUGUCUCUUGAUGUUUCGACAACAAAAACAUUUGUUGAUGGUAAUAAUUUGAAGUUAAAUAUUAUCAAUCAUAUGUCAUUAUUAAACGAAUUUAAAUUUAAUAUUUGUUCAUCAACUCGUUUUUAUAAUCAAUUUAAUUUACCAUCUAAUGAAUUUGUUCAACAAAUGUUCAAAGAUUUUCAAAAUAAACAAAUUAUUUCUUCUGUUGAUUACUUCAAUGAAAGAGGGUAUAGUCGAUGCCAUAUAUAUUCAUAUCCAUAUGAAUUGAGAUAUUACGAACAUAUAGCUAAUAGUUUUCCAGGUGGAAUAUUUAAGCGGGUUCGUACAAUAUCAUUAUUUGAUGAACGUCCUUUUGAACAUGAAUUUUUUUUUCAAAUCGCUCAAUCAUUUCCAUGCUUGGAAAAAUUAACUGUAAUUAAUAAAAAACGACAAAAUAAUAAACAAUUUGGAAAAUCAAAAAAUCAAAAUCAAGAUUCAGCAAUCAUUGAAUAUUCUUAUCUGGUACAACUUGACCUUUCUGAAGCUCAUAAAGAUUAUCACGAACAAUUUUUGUUUGAUACCAAAACAUGCUUACCAAAUAAUGUUCGUGUUGAAAUGGAUUAUCGACUAGUGAAAAAAGUGACACGCAAUUUUAGAAGAAAUACAACACGAAGUAAUUGUGCGAAAAUAAGUUUGAUAUGUUUUUAUAAGAAAUCAACAUUUCCUGAACAUUUAAAGGACUAUUUUCCUUAUGCGAAAAUAAUCUGA